CGAGUCAUAGGCAUAGGUCAUAGGUCAUACAAUGUUUUGUCUUGUCACUUCCGGUGAGCAUCUUUAGCUAGCUGUAACAGUUACCUGUUUUCAUAUCAGUGGAAAUUUCGUGCUUGAUGUCCGAGCCGAAAACAGUUUUAUGAGCCAACAAGUUUUUCGAAAAGCGGUGUUGUUGCUUGUGAUUACAUACACGUGGCCCGAGACCCGAGACCCGAGACCCGAGACCUGAGACCUGAGUGCUGAGUGCUGAGUCUGGCUUUCAUUCCCAAACAGCCCUUCUGUGUCAGUGGUGGUCCUGGCACAGACCUGCUGCGGUCUGAUGACUGCAGUCUGAGUCACGGUUCAGCCGAUAGCAUUUGUCCUCUGCUCGUCUUCUCCCCUCUCAUUCUUCUGUCCGGCUGGAGGGAUCACAAGGAGGUCCAUGGAAAGAGCUGUAAAUGGCUGAGGAGCUGUGUACCGGCUGGUUUCGCAUCAUUGCAGGCUCCUUGGAGAUAGAGGAAUGCAAAUCUGCAACCAUGAUGGAAGGAUUGAAAAAACGUACCAGGAAGGCCUUCGGGAUACGGAAGAAAGAAAAGGACAAUGACUCCACGGGGUCCCCAGACAGAGACGGGGGUGCUCAGAAGAAAACCAACGGGGCCCCUAAUGGUUUCUACGGAGACAUCGACUGGGACAGAUAUAACUCUCCUGUGCUGGACGAUGAAGGCUAUAGCCUCAGACCUGAUGACGAUUCAGAAGAGGGAGAUAUCCUCAGCACUCCCACCACCAAAAAGACCCACUUCUUCUCCUCCGAUGAGUCGGAAGGAGAGGAGGACCACCGGAAAAAAUUCAAAAUCAAAAUUAAGCCGCUGCCAGCCGAUCAAGUCGCGUCAGUGCCCUCAGUUGACGAGCUGAAAGCCUCAAUAGGCAACAUAGCCCUGUCCCCGUCUCCUCUGAGACGUAGUCCGGGUUUAAAAAGGGACACAUCCAAUGAGGAUAUCGUCAGACCAAGACGUGUGGUCACGACUUUACCCACUGUGGCCGCGGCCCCAACACCAGCUCCAGCACUACAGCCCCCCAGCCGUCAACCGACACCCCCAUUCCCUGAAGACAACACAGCCUUAUUUGGGCCUCCUUUGGAAACAGCCUUUGGAGAACCAAAAACUGAAGUGGUUCUGUCUGAGUCCGAUGCGUGGGGGGCUCCUCUGUCAGAGCCUGAAUCCCCUUUGACAAGAUCCUUCCCGACAGGAACUCCACCUCCUCUUCCACCUAAGAAUGUCCCAACCUCCCCUCCACUAGCUGGCUCACCCACUUCAGAUAAUGCUGAAGUGUCAUCAGAAGCAGACAGUUCUGUGAGGAAGCCCUCGUUAGCCGACCUGGACAACAUCUUCGGGCCUGAACCGGGCUCCCUUGCUGGUGAUGACACAGCUGACUCGUGGGUCUGCUUCAGUGAAGAAUCUGCAGCCAUGCCACCUCUACCAGAAGAACGAGCUCCUCCUCUGCCAGCCUCCCCGCCUCCUCCUGAAUCUCCUGCCCCGCCUUUGCCUACAUCACCGUUUCCUCCAGAUGACCCUGCACCACCCCUCCCUAUCUCUCCUCCUCCAAAAGAAGAACCACUUCCCCUGCUACCAACCUCACCCUCUCCUAAAGAAGAACCACUUCCCCCGCUACCAACCUCCCCGCCUCCAAAAGAAGAACCCUUUCCCCCGCUACCAACCUCCCCGCCUCCCACAGAGGAGCCUGUGGCACCCCCUGUCCGCUCAGGUCCUCCUACACCUGAGGACAGAAAUCCCCCCUCACUUGCCACCUCUCCACCCCCUGCGCCACCAAAGGAUCUCGCAUCUCCUCCUGCUUCCUCUCCCCCUCCUCUUGAGUCACCCACAAGCGCCCCACCAGCCCCUGCUCCCAAAGCAAGAACCCCUCCAGCAGUAACGCCUCCCUCUGAGGAACCUGCAGCACGCCCCCUACCGACACCGCUCGUCCUGUCUCAAGAGGAGCAGUGCAAGAACACGGAUACCACCAAGCCCAAAGAAGACGGAGGUGAAAGUGUCACAUCGCCUGUUGAUGCGAACCAGAGCAGCAGGAGUACGCCUCCCCCGCCUCCUCCCCCGACGUACCGGGCUGUGGUGUCGUCACCAGGUCCUACGGCUGGGGCUGGAGGCACAAAUAGUGGUUCUUCCUCUCCUGUGCGACCUGCCACUCCCUCAUCAGUCAACCAAACCCCGCCCCCUCCUCCACCUCGACCCCCUUCAAGGCCGAAACUUCCUCCAGGGAAACCCACCGUGGGAGAUGCAAGUCGUCCAUUCAGCCCUCCGAUCCACUCCGCCAGCCCCCCUCCCAUUGCUCCGUUGGCACGGGCCGAGAGCACCUCCUCCAUCUCCUCCACCAACUCCAUGAGUGCCGCCACCACCCCCACUGUGGGUAAAGAGCUCUCCGUGUCCGUGUCAGAGAAUGACCAGCCAUCCCUUGUAUGGUUUGACAGAGGGAAGUUUUAUUUAACCUUUGAAGGCUGCUCCAGAGGCCCCAGUCCUCUCACCAUGGGUGCUCAGGACACUCUUCCUGUAGCUGCUGCGUUCACUGAGACCGUCAACGCCUUCUUUAAAGGAGCUGACCCCAGCAAGUGCGUUGUGAAGAUCAUAGGUGAGAUGGUUUUGUCGUUUCCGGCGGGAAUCACGCGGCAUUUUGCCAAUAACCCGUCCCCCGCCACGCUAACCUUCAGCAUAACCAACUACAGCCGACUGGAGCAUGUGCUGCCUAACCCCCAGCUCCUCUGCUGCGACACCACUGCUCCAGCCAAGGCAGACUCCAAGAACUUCUGGGUGAACAUGCCAAACCUGAUAACGCAUUUAAAGAAGGUGGCAGAGCAGAAGCCACAGGCGACGUACUACAAUGUAGACAUGCUCAAGUAUCAGGUAUCGACGGAUGGGCUGCAGUCGAUUCCUCUAAAUCUAGCGGUGAGCUGGAGAUGCGAGCCCACCAGCACCGACCUGCGGAUAGACUAUAAAUACAACGGGGAGGCCAUGACGACGGCGAUGGCCCUCAACAACGUGCAGUUCCUGAUCCCCGUCGAUGGAGGAGUUUCAAAACUACAGGCGGUCUUACCUCCUGCUGCAUGGAAUGCAGAGCAGCAAAGAAUCCUCUGGAAGAUUCCAGACAUCUCACAGAAAUCUGAAAAUGGAGGUGUUGGGUCGUUACUGGCACGCUUUCAGCUCACAGAAGGCCCCAGUAAACCAGCUCCACUGGCCGUGCAGUUCACCAGUGAGGGCAGCACGCUGUCGGGCUGUGACAUUGAACUGGCUGGGCCAGGAUACCGCUUCUCGCUCGUCAAGAAGAGGUUUGCCGCUGGAAAGUACCUGGCUGAUAACUAACUGUUGCUACUGAGAAGCUCACGGUUGAACGAAUCAAUCGCAGUGGACCGAGGUUGACCCCGAGGACAGAGACAAACCGACACCAGACAGACUUUCCAUUAACCCUUUCUGAACCCACACGGCCGACCGGCCCGCAGCCUACCCAGCAGUAUUGUAUAACUUGCAUAUAGCAUCGUGGAGCUGUUUUAGGUCACGUAAUUAUCGUAUUUGUAUUCAUUUCAUAACAUCUGUAUUGCUGCAGUUAGACACCUGGGUUCUCCCUCCCCUCUAAAGUCUGUGCCUCUGUCUCCAUCCUCCUCUGGUCACUGUGUGGUGGUGUGUUUUUUAAAAGUUUCACUGCAGCUGCCUGACCGAAGACGUGGACAGAAGGUGUUUGGUUCAGAGUUGAGUGCUGGAUGACGUUCUGUUUGUUGUCCAGAAGGAUUUGGCUGUAAACAAAAAUCACUCUCAGUGGUCGUAGACACACACCUCAACCUCUGGCACAUCUCAAGUUCAAAUUAAAGAAGGGGCUUGGACGAGACAAAGUGAGUUAAACACCUUCAUUAGCAGAUCAAAAAACAGCUAUAUGAAUCAUUGUUGUGUCUGAGUCUGAACUCAAAGCCUGAGUCAGAUGAAGAGUAUGCAUUUACUGAUGCAUUCGGACACACGCUGUCACACACAGCUAAGUGAAAGAUGUGUUUGGUCUGUGUUGAUGCAAUCAGACGAAACACAGGAACAAGUAUCUACAUUAGAAAAUCAUGAAUCACCUACUGGUACUACAGGGUCACAUGACUUUGGAUCUCAUCAUUUUGAACAUGAAUGCACUGAUCAGUCAAUCAAACUGUUAUUUAAGUUCUCUGGAUUAUGCAGACACGGAGAGGUUCUUAUUAGUUAGGCAGCUGCAAUGAUAAAUCAGUGUACUGGUUGCAAAAUAAGAAACUCUGUUUUCCCGUCAGAACAAAAACAAGUGUACAAAGUGUCAUUUUAAAUCAAUAAUAUAUAUCUUAAAGGGCGUUUGGUGUUUUCCUCGUAUUGUCAGAUAGCCUCUCUGUUGUUCCCAGGACAGCAGUGAUAGCCUCCAGAGUACACCACAGCAGUCUAUUUUUAUUUAUUGAUGACGAUGAUUUGUUGUAUAAAACAUGUGAUUCUGUAUACGAAUAGAGUUUGAACUGUAUCACACGAAUCAGAACCCUCAAAGGUAUAAAUAUUUGAAUCUCUCUUCUUUUGUUAUCUGUGUAGUUGGGUAACCUGUGUACAGUAUAAGGUAUAAUUUUUGAAUUUAUUUCAGAUAUAAUUUUUUAACUCAAGUGCAACAGAAGAUUUGAGCUAUAUAUGGGUGGGGAGGGGUAAUUUAAAGAAAAAGAUAAAUAUCUUCCUGGAUGCUGUGUUAUGCUUUGUGAAAGCAGUGUUAAUGUAGAGUUAGUUAUACCAUGGGUAAGGUCCACACUUUCAGGAGUUACGUUCACAUUUUGGGGAGUGUGCUUUUCUUCUUUCAAGGAUCACACAUGAUGAGUGUCACUUUUAUAUCCGUCUGAUCAGCAUGAGGCUGCAGCCAAGAGAGCUAGCUGAGACUGCAGCCAAGAGAGCUAGCUGAGACUGCAGCCAAGAGAGCUAGCUGAACAUGCAGACUGGAAACAGCUAGCCUGGCUCUGUUUUAAAGUUGAGCAAUCAGAUUAUAUCUCACUGUUUUAUCAGAAUGAAUUACAAGGAAGUGAAACUACUGACAUUGAGAUCAUUUUUAUUUCAUUUUUAUAGCUUUCUGUGCAGCACAGUAGUCUGAUUUAUCCUUCAUUUUGGCUCAAAUAUCUGGCAAACUGUUCAUUGGGCUGUCUUUAAAAUGUGUACAAACGUUAACAUCGUUCAUCAGGAUUGAUCGUUACAACCUUAGUUGAAACCUGAACAUUUCACUUCAGUUGCCAUCAGAGGAUGAAAGUGUGUCCAGUGUUUAAAUAAAGGACCAAGCUUGAGCGGUGCAACUCGAACGAUGGUGUUAGCAUUGCUUUUUAUUUUAAAGUUAUAUAUUUUGGGCCUUUGCCCUUUAUCAGAUAGGACAGCUGCAGAGAGACAGGAAACGUGGGGAAGACAUGCAGGAAACCGUCGCGGCCGGGAAUCGAACUGGCGACCUCUGCGACGAGGACUAUAGCCUCUGUAUGUGGGGCUCUUAGACCGCCAGGCAACCAGCGCCCCAUAGCAUAGCAUAGUUCACUUUUAGAUAGCGCCAGGCUCACUGUUGCCCCCUUGUGGUCAACCUUUAAGCCAGGCUAACUAUCUCAUAACUCCAGCUCUGCAUUAACAGACAGACAUGAAAGUGGCAUCAGUCUUCUCUGAUUUCUUAUGAAGAACAUCAGUCAGUGUGUUUCCCAAAAUGUUGAACUUCUACUUUUAAUAAAGGUCAAAGACAACAGGAGAAAGGGAUUUUCUCCAGCAGCAGAAAUGAAGUUUUGGUGACUGUGGUACCACUCCUGGAACAGGAUUUGUUUCCUGGAACCAGCUUGUUGUUUUGUUUUUUUCUAACCAUUCAAACUUCAUUGUGAUGAAACAGGAAGUAAACAGUUGUAUGAAUCAUGCAUCCUCAGUUUCCACAUUUACAUAUUCAGUCAGUCCUCAUCUUUGACCACGAGUCUGACCUGUUUUCUGUCCCGUUCCCCUUCACCUCAGUGGUACCUAACCCCCCUCGACUAUAUCAUAAAGACGCCCCGAUCAUCCAACCAGCGCUUGAAUCCAUGGCUUUAUUUUGCAUAAUCGUAAUGGUCUCUGUGAGAUGACAUGAGUGUGAUGAGGUUGUGGAGCAAGGUUAAGUUGACCAAAAUGCUUUUUUUUUUCUUUUUGUAUUUUAUGUGUGUGUACCCCGGACAGUCAGUCAUCUGUUAAGGAGAAUAAGCUGAAUAUUUUUAAAACAAAUAAAAGUGAAAAAAUAUUAUAUUGUUUAAUGUGUAAAAACACUGUGCUGAUGAUGUUGAACUUCCUGAAUGCUCCGACACUCAACGUGAAGAACAAAAAGUGUGUGUGAUCUCCGUACUGUACCGUAUGUCAGCAUUCUGCUAAAUGCAACCAAUCAUUGUCCUCCAGAGCUGCAGGAGAAAUCUAAGAGUUAUUGUAAACAGGACAGUACUUCUUCUCAUCGAUGAGGUCUUUUUAAUCAGUUUAAAACUACAAGAUUUGAGCACGUUAAAAUUCACCAUGAUCCCCGUGCAGACUCGGUCUUAAAGAGCCUUGUGGAUCACUCUGAGGUUGCAUUAUUUAGUUAAUGCAAAGUGAUGAUGAUUGGCGCCAUUUAGCUCGCACAUUACUUUGGUGACUCUUUCUCUCAGUCGUGGCUGCCCUCCUUCCUGUCGACCGGUCGGAUCAACACGUCUGACAGAAAGCUGUUACCUUCCUCGUGAACCUUUAAGAUAUCAGCGCAACAGUCACUACAGCAUUAUCUACAGAGGCCCACCAUACACAUUCCCAUCAUGCAUCUGUUUUUACAGCUCACAUGCCUUUCAGCUUGAAAGUCAUGUAACAGAACAAAACUCAUUCUCAGCCUGUUACUUCUCUGGUCUUUUUUAGCAUCAGGAGUAAAACCUGCACUUUCAGAUCUUCAUCUCUGUAGUGAAUUCGUCCUGCAGUAAUUCAGUAUUGCAUGCAGAGCAUGCAGUAAAGGUGGGGCAUCUACUGAUGAUAGAUAGUACUGAAAUGACGUGUUGUGCUGAGUGUCAGUUACCUGUAUUACUGUUGAGAAGAGAGCGGGGAGUGUGUCUAUGUGUGCUAUAAGCAAGAAUGCUUUUUGGUUCUGUACCGUUAACCUCAACACGUGCAAGCUGUUUGUACAGUACAUAACAACAACGCUAAGAUGAACUGAGAAACUUAGUUUGCUUCUUUCCAAAACCAAUAAAAGUUAUAACUGGA